CAAAUUCGUUCGUAGAGUAAUGAAAGCAUUUGUAUGGCUACUAAUAUGGGAAUCCAGAAGAUGCUGAGUCUGUGAGUUUUGUCUGCUUAUCAAUUUUGGAUUAGCUUUCGCCAAACCCUAUAAUUCUUCUGGUGAAUUUUGAAAAUGGCAACUGGAGCUGUUCCUGCUUCUUUUACUGCUCUCAAAAGUAGGGAUCUUAAGGGAAUUAGCUUCGCUAAAAGUUCGGAUUUCGUUAGAGUUUCUGACUUGCAAAGGAUUAAAUUUCGACGAACUAAGAUCGCUGUGGUCAGGAAUUCCGGUAACCCUGGUUCAGAAACUGUCGAACUUGAGCCUGCAUCAGAUGGAAGCACACUAUUAGUCCCCAGACAGAAAUACUGUGAAUCGAUACACAAAACUAUCAGGAGAAAAACGUGCACGGUGAUGGUUGGAAAUGUGGCUCUUGGUAGUGAGCAUCCUAUUAGAAUUCAGACAAUGACCACAACAGAUACAAAGGAUGUUGCAGGAACAGUCGAACAGGUUAUGAGAAUAGCGGACAAAGGAGCGGAUAUUGUUAGAAUAACCGUGCAAGGAAAGAAAGAAGCAGAUGCAUGUUUCGAAAUAAAAAAUUCCCUUGUUCAGAAAAACUAUAACAUCCCUCUGGUUGCGGACAUUCAUUUCGCCCCUCCUAUUGCAUUAAGAGUUGCUGAAUGCUUCGACAAAAUUCGUGUCAACCCAGGGAACUUUGCUGACAGGAGAGCUCAGUUUGAGAAGCUGGAAUAUUCAGAAGACGAUUAUCAGAAAGAACUUGAGCAUAUUGAGCAGGUAUUCACACCUCUGGUUGAAAAAUGUAAGAAGUAUGGGCGGGCCAUGCGCAUUGGGACAAACCAUGGCAGCCUUUCGGACCGAAUUAUGAGCUAUCAUGGAGACUCACCCAGGGGAAUGGUGGAAUCUGCAUUUGAGUACGCAAGAAUCUGUCGAAAACUAGACUUCCAUAAUUUUGUAUUCUCAAUGAAAGCAAGCAACCCUGUUAUUAUGGUCCAGGCAUAUCGGCUUCUUGUAGCUGAAAUGAACGUUCUUGGAUGGGAUUACCCAUUGCACUUGGGAGUAACUGAAGCUGGUGAGGGAGAAGAUGGUCGGAUGAAAUCUGCAAUAGGUAUCGGGACACUUCUCAUGGAUGGUUUGGGAGAUACCAUUAGAGUUUCCCUAACAGAAGCUCCAGAAGAAGAGAUUGAUCCUUGUAGAAGAUUGGCCAACCUUGGUAUGAGAGCAGCUGAGCUUCAGAAAGGAGUGACACCAUUUGAAGAAAAGAACAGACGCUACUUUGAUUUCCAGCGUAGAAGUGGUCAACUGCCUCUUCAAAAGGAGGGUGAAGAAGUUGAUUUUCGAGGUGUCCUUCAUCGUGAUGGCUCAGUUCUGAUGUCGGUUUCUCUGGACCAGUUAAAGGCACCCGAACUUCUAUACAAGUCUCUAGCAGCAAAACUUAUUGUCGGAAUGCCAUUUAAGGAUCUGGCAACUGUGGACACAAUUUCGUUGAGGGAGCUUCCACCAGUAGAUGAUAAAGACGCUCAAUUAGCUCUGAAACGGUUGAUAGACAUUAAAAUGGGAGUUAUAACUCCAUUGUCGGAGCAGUUGACAAAGCCAUUACCCAAUGCCCUGGUUAUGGUAACUCUCAAGGAAUUGUCUAGUGGUGCCCACAAGCUUCUUCCCGAAGGUACACGUUUGGUAGUCUCUGUGCGUGGCGAUGAAACUCAAGAAGAGCUGGAAAUUCUGAAGACGACAGAUGCUAUAAUGAUUCUUCAUGACCUGCCGUACACAGAAGAGAAAACUAGCAGAGUUCAUGCUGCAAGAAGGCUUUUCGAGUAUCUUUCAGAGAAGUCCUUGAACUUUCCAGUAAUCCAUCAUAUACAAUUCCCGAAAGGAAUUCACAGGGACGAUUUGGUAAUUGGUGCUGGAACAAAUGCGGGCGGCCUUCUGGUCGAUGGACUGGGAGACGGUAUCCUAUUGGACGCCCCACAUCAGGAUUUCGAUUUCCUCAGAAACACGUCUUUCAAUUUGCUACAGGGCUGCAGAAUGAGAAAUACAAAGACGGAAUACGUGUCCUGCCCUUCUUGCGGAAGAACUUUAUUCGAUCUUCAAGAAAUCAGUGCUGAAAUAAGAGAAAAGACGUCUCAUUUGCCUGGUGUUUCAAUUGCUAUCAUGGGUUGCAUUGUGAAUGGACCUGGAGAAAUGGCUGAUGCUGAUUUUGGUUACGUUGGUGGUGCUCCCGGAAAAAUCGACCUCUAUGUUGGAAAGGAGGUGGUGAGGAGAGCCAUUGCCAUGGAGCAUGCAACCGAUGCGUUGAUCCAGCUGAUUAAAGACCACGGUCGUUGGGUGGAACCACCUGCAGAAGAGUAAAAGCUCCAUCUGCAUAAACUAUAAAGCAAGAAAAAAAAAAUUAAAAAAAAAAUGUUGUGUUGUAUAAUAUGAGAAUAUUUUGGAGCUGAAAGCAUCAAAAAGAUAAAUAGAGGCUUGAUGGUGUAUUAUUUAGAGAUAUUACAAAAUUUAAUUUAAUUGUAAGCCAGUAACUUGCUCCAUUAAUUUGAAUAAAUGAUUUAAAUAAUUCGUAAUACAACAACAAGUUUU